CCGCCGCCGCCGCCGGGCCGUGAGUCAGGCCGGGGCCGGGCGGCCUCUCCCCGCCCUCCGCGCCCGGCCAGGCGCCUCCCGGGCAGCGCGGACGGAGCGACAUGGCGCGGAGCCGCCUCGUCCUCCUCAUCUUCCUCCUCUGCAGCUCCGCCGAGGCCGGACCCUCCUUCCUGGUGAUGGUCCCCUGGAACAUCAGGCCCGGAGCAAGCAUGACCAUCGGGGUGGCUCUGCUGCCGGGCAGCCCGCCGCAGGUCACCGUGAGGGGAGAGGUGACCAGAGACAACAAGACCAUCCUGAGCAGGGAAAUGGUCUUUGAGAAAGAUUCCUUUGGGACUCUUGUUCUUCCAGUACUGCCUUUGAACAGUGCUUCUGGUAAUUAUGAAUUACUGGUGGAAGGCCAUGCUGACGGCCAGCGCAUCUUCUCGAACCGUACCAGCUUGAUAUACACGGCAAAGAGUAUCUCUGUAUUCAUCCAGACUGACAAAUCUACAUAUAAACCAGGACAGGAUGUGAUGUUUCGGAUUGUCACAGUCUAUCCUGAUCUCAAACCGUACAAAGCAUCUCUCAAUAUAUAUAUCCGAGACCCUCGGAAGAAGUUGAUUCAGCAGUGGUUGCUAGAGGAGGGUGAUUUGGGUGUAGUUUCCAAAAAAUUUCAGUUAUCGACGAACCCUCCACUAGGAGACUGGUCCAUAGAUGUGGAAGUGAAUGGUCAAGUUCAUUAUCAGAAAUUUAAAGUGAUGGAAUAUGUUUUACCAAAGUUUGAUGUUAUGAUAACAAUACCAUUAUACUACUCUUUGAGAGAGGAAGAUGUAAGUGGUGUUGUCACUGCAAAGUAUACAUAUGGAAAGCCAGUGAAGGGAACUGUAACAGUGACCUGCCUGCCUGUCUCUUACUGGAAAAACAAGAGGAACAUAACUAAAACAUUGGAGAUAAAUGGGUCUGUGAAUGUUACUUGUAACAAACUUUUAUUGAAAGACUUGAAUGAUGAUCAGUCGUGGCACCGUGGUGAUGACGAUUACACAGAACCAAUAGAAAUUAUCGCUGUGGUCACUGAGACACUCACAGGAAUCUCCCAAAAUUCAAGUACCGUCAUAUUUCCAAAACAAAGUGACUAUUUUAUUGAAUUCGUGGACUAUUCUAGAGUUAUUAAACCUUCUCUGAAUUUCAUCGCUACUCUAAAGGUGACACGUUCUGAUAGCAACCAGCUGACAAGUGAAGAGAGACAAAACCUUGUCACAAUCACUGCACAACAGUCAGACUCAUUUUCUCACCAUUCUUCACUUUCUCACCUUGAGAACGAGGCAACAGAGGAGAGAAAUAAGACAGUCCAUGUCCUGAACUACACAGUCCCAGAAAAUGGAAUUGUUGAUAUUGAGUUUCCAAUCUUAUCUAAUACAAAAACUCUGAGAGUUCAGGCAGAGUUCCUCAACAGUAGAACUGACAUAGGAGUUUAUGAUGUUUUCAGCUCCCCCACAGAAACAUAUCUCCAGGUUAAAACAAAGAGCCAGGAUAUAAAGGCUGGGAGACCUUUUGAGCUGAAUAUUGCAAGCAACAAACCAGUAAGAGAAUUCCAUUAUCUGGUGUUAUCUAAGGAACAAAUUAUGGCUUCUGGCACAAUGGCUGCAAAAACAUUCCGUUUAACAGCAGAAAAUUCCUGGGCUCCUUUGGCAUGCAUACUUGUAUUCUAUGUUGAUGAACUUGGAGCAGUUGUGAAUGAUGCUCUUACUAUCCCUGUUCAGCCUGUUUUGGACGACAAGAUUAAAAUUUCAUGGAGCAAAGAUAAGGUCAAGCCAUCUGACAAAGUCUCUCUCAAAAUCAGUACAACAGACCCAGGAUCAGUAAUUGGGCUUGCAGUUGUUGAUAAAAGUACAAAGCUCCUAGGAGAAAGUAGUGACAUAACAGAAGAUUCUGUAUUUCAUGAACUCAAUUUAUACAACACCGCACAGUAUUUCCCCCUGAUCAGAGGUUCUUUUGGUGUCUUUCAGAAAUGCAGCCUUUGGGUAUCAACUGAUGCAAUUCUUGAGGAGGAUAAAGACCAUUUUUUUUAUGAUGGAAUGAUACCCAUAGAGGAUGGUUUUGGUGAUGAUAUGCCAGUAGCUAGAGAUGGACCUCUUGAUUUCAGCACUCCCUAUGUGAGGACACAUUUUCCGGAGACUUGGCUUUGGAUCGAUACCAAAACUAGAUCUGACACAGAUACCACAAUGGAAGUCACUGUACCUGAUACCAUCACAUCCUGGGUAGCCAGUGCUUUUGUGCUUUCUGAAAACAGUGGGCUUGGAGUGACAACUGCUCCAGUAGAGCUAGAAGCUUUUCAACCUUUCUUCAUUUUCCUAAACCUUCCAUACUCUGUCAUCAGAGGAGAGCAGUUCAUUUUGGAAGUGAAUAUCUUUAAUUAUUUGAACGAAGAAGCUGAGGUUAAUGUGAUCCUGGAUGUGAGUGAUGCUUUUGAUAUUAUUUUAACAUCCAAUGAAGUAAAUGCUACAGGAAAUCAACAGUCUAUAUUUGUACCAAGUGAAGAUGGGAAAACUGUUCAAUUCCCAAUCAAGCCGAAACAGCUGGGAGAGAUUCCCAUCAAAGUUACAGCCAUAUCGUCUGCUGCUUCUGAUGCUAUCAUCCAGAAAGUUUUAGUAAAGGCUGAAGGAUUGGAACAGACAUAUUCUCAGACACUCCUUUUGGAUUUAACUGGGAGUAAACCACGAGCAGUGUCAAAUACUUUGGAUUUCACUUUUCCUUCUGAUGUUGUAAGUGGCAGUGAGAGAGUGCAGGUCACUGCUGUUGGUGAUUUACUGGGACCUUCUAUUAAUGGUUUGUCAUCAUUGAUUAAGAUGCCUUAUGGCUGUGGUGAACAGAAUAUGAUAAAUUUUGCUCCAAAUGUAUAUAUUUUGCAAUACCUCACUAAAACCGGGCAGCUGACAGAAGAUAUUAAAUCAAAAGCUGUAUCAUUUAUGAGAAAAGGUUACCAAAGAGAGCUGCUUUUCCAGAGGGAAGAUGGCUCUUUUAGUGCCUUUGGAAAUGAAGAUUCCUCUGGGAGCACAUGGUUAUCAGCUUUUGUAUUAAGAUGUUUCCUACAAGCUCGUCCAUUCAUAGAUAUUGACCAAGAUGUACUCGUGGAUACAGCUAAAUGGAUUGUCCGGCAUCAGAAAUUAAAUGGAGAAUUUCAGGAACCUGGCAAAGUGUUACACAGUGACCUCCAAGGAGGCACCAAUAAUCCAGUCACUCUCACAGCAUACAUCAUGUCAUCCCUCCUAGGGUUCCCAGAUAAACAGCAUGCUUAUGUUAUCAAGAGUGCUGCAAACUAUCUAGAAGAUAAAUUACAGGAAGGCAUUCCGGAUAAUUACACUUUGGCACUUGUGACAUAUGCAUUGUCAUGGGCCAAAAGUACAAAAGCCAAGGAAGCCCUGAGUAUACUGAAUGAGAGAGCAGAACACCAAGGUGAAUUUCGUUUUUGGAUAACACCUGCUUCUGAAAUGUCUGAUUCAUGGCAGCCACGGUCCAUUGAUAUUGAACUUGCAGCAUAUGCUCUGCUGUCACACUUUCAUCAAGACAGGUUAGAAGAGGGAAUCCCUGUUAUGAAGUGGUUAAGUCAGCAAAGAAAUCAUCUGGGAGGAUUUUCAUCUACUCAGGACACUGUAGUGGCUCUGCAAGCCCUGAGUCUAUUUGCAGCUCUCACCACUGCACACAAAACAGAAAUGGAUGUAACAGUGACAGCGCCUUCUUUGAAAAUUCCAGAAAUAUUUUCAAUUGGUACUCAAAACCGCUUUCUUCUUCAGACUAAGGAGAUUCCCCCUGUGCAACCAAUGACAGUUACAGUUUCAGCGGAGGGAAGCGGGUUUGCUGUCUUUCAGCUCAAUGUUAUUUACAACACAAAAUACGCUGAUCAGAAGCUCAGAUCUGUGCGAAAACAAGAAGCUUUUGACUUGAAUGUUGGUGUAAAGGAUGACAAAGAUGAUAUGAACCAUUUGACCCUGAAUGUGUGCACAAGGUACUUGGGUUCUGGUGCAGCUCCCAGUAGCGGUAUGGUCCUCAUGGAAGUUGGCUUACUCAGUGGUUUCUCUGUGUCACCGGAUUUCAUUCCAUUAGACAAUACAAUUAAGAAGAUGGAAGAGGAAAAUGGAAAAGUAAACCUAUACUUGGACACUCUAAAUGAAACACAGGUUUGUGUGGAUAUUCCGGCUGUGAGAGACUUCAAAGUGGCAAAUAUCCAAGAUGCUUCAGUGACUGUAAUGGAUUACUAUGAACCCAGGAGAAGAGCAGUGAGAAGCUACAAUUCAGAAGUAAUGCAACGUAUAACCCCUUGUGACUUGUGUGAAAGUGACUGCAGCCUUUGCCACCAAUCUGGUUCUCCAGCCUUGCUUCAGCACUCUUCCUUGGCUUCCUUGUUCUGUGUGCUGUUUGUCCUUCAUGUAAACUUGCUGUGCAGUUGGGUGCUCUAAGAAGAAACAGAUUGUUUCACAUCUAACAUUUCCAUAAAUUAGCCAAAGAAAAUUUUAUGUCCAGAUACCAGCCCAUCUUCAGUGAUUAGUGACCUAACUCCUGCUGUGUUCAGGGAGAGCAGGGCUGGCCCAUAUGGUAAAUUUCUGGCUGUGCCAGAAAAUUUCUUUAAGCGUCUGCUGGAAAAACUUUCCAAGUGUUAGUUUCAUACUGAAGUUAUUUUCUGAAGAAGCACAGAGUUACUAAGAAAGCAGUUUGAGAAAAUGCAAACCUUGCUCCAUGUUCCUGCUCCCUUUCACCUUAGCUUUCAUUUUUGCAUAUUUUUUAGGGAUGUAUGUUAGUUUACAGUGCUUUUCUGAAAAACUGUCUCCUCUUCCUUUAUGAUGUUGGUAAGUAGAGUGCUGGGAGCUUGCAUUGUUCUGUUCUGCAGACAUGACACUUAACACUAAUACUGAGUUUCUCAUGGGGAAUAAUACGAAAAAUAAAAGCAGUUUGCUUCAGAGCGGAUUCAAGAGCCAAAAAUGCCGCAUUUACAAACUGCUGAACACUCCAGAAAAUUGUCAGUCUUUUUUUAAUCAUUGCAAAGAAGCCAGGUGGAUUUUUUGCCAAUUCAUAAGUUAAUCAUGUUUGAAAAUAAUGCCUCCGGAUGUUUUCAUGGAUUUUACUCUGAACGUUUUUUAUUGUAAAUGCAUCAAAGAUGGAACAUAAGUUUGAGACAUUUUUUUUUUUUUUUUUUUUUUCUUUCCCAGGGUUAUUUAGAAACAAACCUAAUUCUCUUUCCAUGUGAGAAUACAGAUGUCCCCUGGUAUAUUUAUGGCCAGUGGGAUGACAGUUGCCUUGAUCCUUGUCUGGUUUUAAGAUUUUUUCUAGAGAUGUCAGUCUGGGAGAUCAUUUAGGUCUUGCAUUUUGCCUUGUCAUCUUGUUAACAGCUUAAGUGCCAUAACUCUUCAAGAGCUGUUCAGUGUUCUUUGUGCCAUAUCAACUCAGUGCCAUCUGUAGGUGUAAGUCCUGGUUUUGUUGGCAGGGAGGCUUCUAGUAGCCGUGGGCUCCACACACAUUCUGUGUUCAGCAAAACACAUAAUUUACUCUUUUAAGCAUAUCCUCGUAAGUUUAAGUGCCUUGCUAGAGUGGGAGGGAGGAAGAGGGAUGAUGAGGCCUUCUUGGAGCAGCAGGCAUUUGCACCCCAACUAGCUGUUUGCAUGUGGGGAAAAUUAAAUGUCUCUAUGAAUGUGGAAAUAUGUAAGUUUGGGAGCUCUUUCUCCUGCACCAGCAUCUUCCUGAGUGAACCUCUUCACUGUUGAGCAGCCCGUAUAUCCCUUCUUGAACCCUUCUUGAACACUGCUUGUGAUACUUAAUGCUUACUUCUUUUUGAUAAGGAAGCUGAUAACAUUCUGACUUAUUAAAAUGAAAUUAAUUGUUGUUAUGCUGACUAACAUAAAUUUUAAGGCUAUUGAUUCCCUUCCUUUCGUACCUUUUUGAGACGGAGUGUGUACACGUACACAUUGAAUUACAAGUCAGUCACUUUCCUUGAGCAAUUUCUAAUUUUUAUUCAUUUUUUUGCUACUGCUUAAAAUGUAUAUUUUUGUAUUUUAUGCUUAUGUGUCUUUUUGUUCAGAAAAGGAAAUUAGUUCACGGUAGCAUGGAAAGAGGGCAGAAUUUCUUGAACUGGGUGCUUUUUAAUAUGAGAUAUUGGUUUUUAACUACAAAACUAGUUUAGGUGGAAGUAUUUGUUUUACUUUACCUGUAUUUAGAAUUUACAAUAUUUUUCAGAAACUUGGGAUUCUGCUCAGUCUCUCUGGCAGAGCUGACGCCUGAUUCUUUGUAGCCAAUUUGUGCUUUUCACUUGUCUUCGGUGCACAUUGGGUCUAGCCCUUUGAGUGGUCGUUUAGUGCCUUAACAUGAGUUCCCAUGCUGCUGUGACCCACGCGAAGUGAUAUUGUACGUAUUGAAAUCCAAAGCACUACUUAGUCAGUAGGCUGCAGAAUGUGACCCUCUCUAAGUCAUGCCCUUGGUUAUAGAGGUCCAAAGCUUCUAGAAACCAAGAUGCAAAAAUGAAAUAUAUCCUUGUGUCUCAAAUCCUUUACUCAUAGAUGGGAGCACAGAUGGAAUAGUGUGAAGUGUAAUUUAUCGAAAAACAUUCACACACCAAACUAGGAUUGUUUUGCCGUGGGCUUUAUUUCUUGAUGAACUAUAAAACCAGAUCUUUUGCCUUUGGGGACAGCAGCCUUGACAAGUCAUUUGCCUCCAUUUGGUAUCAUUUAAAGAACAUGAAGCUCGUAUACUUGCAGCUCUACUAUAUGUAGAGUUUCAAAGAGGGACAUUCAUGUCUGAUUAAUGUUAUGAUAGAGGUUUAUUUCUACUGGAGAUGUACUAGAGAUAACCCACUCAUUUGCAGUAGAUUGUAGGAAUAAAUUCAUAGUUUUAUUUUGCAGGCGGUCUCAGUUUCCCAAAUACCCUGUGGAGAAAUGGAGUCAAACUGCUCAGCCUAAUUUCAGACAGAGCAGCUUUUAUUAGUAUUCCCUUACAUUUGUUUUUGAGACAAACAACACAUGUUUUUAAAUGGCUCUUGGCUGCCUUGCAUACCCUACUAAGAAGCAUCAGUCAUAACGCACCAUGUCACGGAAAUUGUCAGUCAGUGAACAAACAUCCUUUUUUAUUUUGUUUUCUCUACUGUAGUACAUCACUACAGACAUCCCUGUUCUUAAGUUAUUUUAAAGGUACCAUGUACAGCAUAUGACUUUAAACAAAUGUUUACGUCAGGUGGCCUUAACUUCCCAACAUUGCUGCUUUGAAAGAUGCCUUCAAUCACUUUGUAGCAAUGACUGUUGCCUUGAAUGAGUUGCCCCGGAUUUUGUAUUUUGUAUUGUGUAUUGGCAGUGAAUGGAACAGAGUAAAAGUAAUCCUGUGUUGCACAGUGACUCUUUUGUUUUCCUCAUUGUUGUGUAGGAACCUGCUCACAAAUGUUCAGCAUAUGUAUUUAUUCCAUUAAUCUGUAAAGUGAGUUCUUGAUGUUAGAGGGACCAAGCUCCCACUGAAGUUACUGGGAAAUCUUUUAGCAAAAAAUCUUUAGGAAAUCUUUGAACAAGUUCUUUAAGAAGCUUUAUAGUGGUGCUAAAAGCAGUCAGGAAAUGGUAUUUUGUGCUGGAGUCUUCCUGUUGCACUGCAUGAACAUGCUUGUGUGGUUGCUCUUUGAAGUCCGAGUAUUCUCUGGUACCUCCAGUGUCCUUUUCAGCUCCGUGCUAUCAACAGAUAGUCUGUGCAGGUCCAUUAACAUCUUAUUAAAUCACCGAGAAAUAAUCAUUUAUUUAGGGCUGGCUUUAAAACAAAACCUUAAUGCAUUUUAAAGGUUUUUAAAGAUUUUUUUUAAUCUUCCCACUCCACGUACUACCUUCACUGUCAUCCAUGAUCUCAGCUGAGUUUUCUCUACAGAUUUCUUUAUGCGUGUCAUCUAGAAACCUGUGCUGAAUGCUGCUGUAUGUAACAGGAAGCGCUCAUGCUGUGAUGAGUGCUGCCUAAAAUGGGUUUACAGCACCUUAGUUUGCAGUUUGCAUGCUGGGCCAGCUCGACGUCUGUUUUGGUUCCUGGCGUGGCACCUUCAUACCCCCAUUUACUUAAAAAGCAAGAGCUUGCUGGCUUGUGCACAUCAGUGGCAUAUGAUAACACAGAAAAUUGGCCAGACUGGUGCAGAAAAAAAUGAAGAGCUAAAGUCCAACAUUACUUGCCUCUCUUUUGGCUUGAAAGUCACUUUCGAAAAUCAGACCUGGGAUUCUAAAGUUGUUUUUAGUAAGUUUUCAGAAUAAUAUCCUAGCAAUAUUUCUCCAAUUGUGUUCAAGUUGGUGUGAAUCUUGACAGUACUUGGUUCAAGUAGAUUUGUGUAGAAAGCAUAUGUAUAUGCAUGUCCAUUAUAUCAGCUCCAAUGUACUACAGUGUGCAAUGUAUGUGCAGUUAAAAGCAUACAGGAUUUUCAAGAAGUGCCCAAUAAUGUUGUAUGAUGUUCUGUUUUUUAGGGAAAUACUAUAUUUGGAAAGCAACUGGUGCCUAAUGGAAUCAUUUUGAUAUCUCAAACACUAACCAAAGAGAACAAAUUCACCCACUUUAUUCAAUUUUAUUUGUAAUGGUCAAUAUUUUUCUGUUUUUCUGUUACAGCCUUUCUCCUUCUCCCGUAAAUUUUUAUGCAGUGAACCAUCUUUAUCUGUCUAGUACUCUAAAUACCUAGAAACUUUAAAUUUUAUCACGAGUAAUUUAUAGAUAAAACUGUAACAGCAAUUUUGUGAUCAGGCCUUUUGAGUUUUUAUUAGAUUCCCUUUUCCUCAUGUCAAAAUAAAUUUGACUUCACUAUCGUUUCUUAUUUGAUUUAUUAUAUCUUCGUGUGCCACUUGAAAAUAUUGCACUAAUGCUAUUUUAUGCAAUAAAGUGUGACAUUGUGCUGUA